CUCCCUGCAGAAGCCUCGGGCCCAGAGGAAGUGAGCCGUCAGCCCGCCCCAGCCGCACACGCAUGGCCCCCUGGUGAUCCGGGGGACCGGAACCUGCUUUUUAUUUGGAAACCCAGACCCCAGGACCACCAUUUGAGCUGCUGCAGUCUUCUUUUCCUUGUGAGGAGGGAGCAGCCAGGGCAGCAAGGAGCAGAUGGAGCCAGAGUCCCUCUACAACCUGCUGCAGCUCCCGAAGGAGGACGAUCUCCCGCAGGGGGCAAAGAAGAAAUACUUGACACCCGCCUCCCGGAGGGACCCCAAGUUUGAAGAACUGCAAAAGGUGCUGGUGGAGUGGAUCAACGCCACGCUCCUGCCCGAGCACAUCGUGGUCCGCAGCCUGGAGGAGGACAUGUUCGACGGGCUCAUCCUGCACCACCUCUUCCAGAAGCUGGCGUCACACAAGCUGGAAGUGGAGGAGAUUGCCUUGACGGCCGCCAGCCAGAAGCGCAAGCUCGCAGUGGUCCUGGAGGCCACAAACCAGAGCCUGGAGGUGGAGGAGCACCAGGUUCCGUGGAGUGUGGAGACUAUCUUCAACAAGGACCUGCUGUCUACCUUGUAUCUCCUCAUGGCCCUGGCCAAGCACUUCCAGCCCAGCCUGCCCCUCCCAAAAAACGUCCAGGUGGAGGUGAUCACUGUCGAGAGCACCAAGAAUGGCCUGAAGUCGGAAAAGUGGAUCGAACAACUCACCCAGCGCAACACAGACGAAGACCAACCUCCAAAGGACAUCUUUGAUGAAUUAUUUAAGCUGGAUCCGGAGAAAGUGAACACCGUGAAAGAGGCCAUCGUGACCUUCGUCAACGAGAAGCUGGACCGCCUGGGCCUGUCUGUGCAGAGUCUGGACACCCAGUUUGCAGAUGGAGUCCUCUUACUCUUGCUGAUUGGACAGCUGGAAGGCUUCUUCCUGCACUUGAAGGAAUUUUACCUAACUCCCAGCAAUCCUGCUGAAAUGCUGCACAAUGUCACCCUGGCCCUGGAGCUGCUGAAAGACGAAGGCCUGCUCAACUACCCCAUCAACCCCGAAGACAUCGUGAACAAGGAUGCCAAGAGCACGCUGCGGGUGCUGUACAGCCUGUUCCACAGGCACAAGCUGAAAGAAAGCGCGGAUGGGAUGCCCCAAGGAGCCCCAAAUUAACCGUCAGGUCUCAGAGAGCUGCUUUCUGGGGCCUGGAGGCCAGGUCCAGCUCGGGGCUCCAUGGGUGGACCCCUGUCUCCUCCUGCAUGUCUGCCACAUGCCUUUCCCCCUUCGCUGACUCCUGCUUUCAUUGAACCCAUUGGACUUGGAUCUGCUUUGAGCCAACCUCCAGCCUUGCUCAGCUUAUUCUAACAAGUACAUUUCUGGGAGGAGUUUUGGUUGUAAACCUGCAUAAAUGUGAGCUAACCCCCAGGCUGCCCUUGUUAAUCAGGAUCUUCUCCUUCCUCCUGGGGCUGGACCUGGAAGCUGCUCGGCUGCUCCUUGCUCAGCUGGGGCAGCCUUGGACCCUUGAGGCUGAUCUCACUAGAGACUUUGGGGUGUAGCUUUGGGGAGAAGGAGGGGGCUCUCACAUCAAGGCUGAUGGCCUCCCCACCUCAGUUGACUGCUGCAUACCGGCCUCUCACUUGGGGUGCUGGGCUCCAGAAUCACUGCCCAGAGGCAGGGGCUCCCCCGGCUCCAAAAUCAAACUGCCCGAUGACCCAAAGAAGUGAUUCAGUGAUUUCCCAAAGGAACUGUGGCCCAGGCCAGCCCCUAAGGCUUCGUUAGGGAUUUUUGCCCCAAAGCCAAGAGAAAGGAAUCUUUGUGGUUGAUUAGUGGUUGGCUAGUGCUUUCUGGCAUCUCCCAGGCUGUCACUGAGAGCUCUGUCUUGCUCUCUAGUGAGACGUGGCGUUUUCUGUACAUGUUUUCCAAAGGAAAAAUGAGCUGUAGGCUGCUCGAAUAUGGUCAGCCAGGACUGAUCUCCAGACAGGAGCAGAGCUGCCUAGGACCUGAUGUUUGACGGAAACCAGGCAGGAGGGGGCUGGGAAUCAGGAGUGGGGUCCCUGGUGCCUGCUGUUUGUUGCUCCUCCCGGGCUCCUUUCACCCUCUACCUCCAACUGAUCCUGUGAUGGGGAGAAUACGGUUUGGGGUUGGCACUGUGUGUGAGCCUGGCUUUGGGGUGUGGCCUUAGAGAGGGUUCAGGGUGGGCCGGGCCAUCUCUGCCCAACCAGCUGGUGGAGGUCCAGAGAUUGCCCAGCAGGGUGUGACGUCUGGAGCCCGGGUACUCCGCAUUAGGUCCACCCUUGCAAUUGGUGUUUGAGGGUGAAGAGAUUUGGACUGGUUUCCCCCCUCCUCGCCUGCCUCCUCCCUGCCUGCCUCCUCCUCUUUCCUCCUGAUUCACAGGGCAAACCUAAGCUUUGAGGUGGGCGCUGGGUUAGCUCCAUGUUAGCCGUUUUGGAUGAGCCUCUUUUGGCCUGUACCCGCACCCACUCCCGACAGACUUUCCAUUCUGUUCUACUGACCUACGUGUCUAUCUUUACACCAAUACUACACUGUCUUGAUUGGAGUCCCUAUGUGGUGCAAACAGGUUAGUACUGGGCUGCUAACUGAAAGGUUGGAGGUUCAGGCCCACCCAGAGAUGCCUCAGAAGAAAGGCCUGAUGAUCUAGUUCUGAAAAACCAGCCCCUGAAAACCCUAUGGAGCACAGUUCUACACUGGACACAGACAGCAUUACCAUGAGUCAGAGUCAAUGGCAGCUGUUACUGGUUUUAUCCCGUCUUGAUUGUUGGAGGCAGAUAAUAAGUCUUCAAAUCAGGUAAAGUAGAUCCUCCAAUCUUGUCCUUCCUUUUAAAAAUUGUUUUGGUAACUUUAGGUCCUUUUAAUUUCCAUAUACAUUUUAGAAUCAGUUUGUCAUUCCUUAUGAGAGAGCCUCCGGAAAAUGUCCCUCCUCCCAUCCCAGGCACUCCCUCCCUGUGCCUGGAGCCUGCCUUCUUUCAUCUGCUCAGGUACCUCCCACCAUCAAGAUACAUCCUGUCACUUCUCAUUUCUCUCUCCUGGUUCCUUCCUGUGGGCAUUAAGUAGGCUCAAGACCCUCCAGUCUUAACAGUCCCCGCAUCCACAUUAUCUUCAACUCCUCUGUCACCCAGGCUCCGUGUGAAGGACCUAUCCUUACGCCCUUAUGAAGGCUGGCUUCUGCCUCCACCACUCACACCUUCUCCCUCGCUCAGUUUGAAAGAAAAUGAAAAACAAUUUUUUAAGUUAAAUUUUUAGUGUCAGCUUUAUUGAGGAAUAAUUUACAAACAGUAAAAUUUACCCAUUUUAACUGUAUAAUUUGAUGAGUUUUGACAAAUGCAUACAUCCUGAAAUUCCCACCACAGUCAUGACAUAGAACAUUUCCAUCACCUCCAAAAGGUCCCUGGAAGUCAAUUCCCUCCCCCAGCAACCUGGCCCUGGGAACUACUGGUGUGCUCUCUAUCACCACAGCUUUGCCUUUUCUAGAAUUUCUCAUAAAUUUUAUCAUAUAGUAUGUAGCCUUUUGUGUCUGGUUUCUUUCACUUAGCCUGAUGGGAUUUAUAUCAUUCACAUUGUUCCUGGUAUCAGUAAUCCAUUUCUUUUUAUUUCCAAGAAGAACAUACUUGUAUGGAUACACCGUAAUUUGUUUAUGCAUUCCCCCCUGGGUGGACUUUUGGGUUCUUUCCAGUUUUUAGUUGUUAUGAACAGUGUUGCUAUGGACAUUCAUAUACAGGUCUUUGUGGACAUAUGUUUUCAUUUUUCUCGAGUAAAUAUCUAAGAGUGAAACGACCAAGUCAGUUGGUAAGUUAUAUUUCACUUUAUAAGAAACUGCCAAACUUUUGUUUUCCACAGUGAGUAUACCAUUUCAUAUUCCCACCAGGAAUGUGUGAGAGUUCCAGUUGCUUCACAUCCUUGCCAACACUUGAUAUUGUCAAUCUGUUACAUUAUAGCCUUCCUAGAAUGUAUGGAAGGAGCCUUGGUGGCACAAUGGUUAAGUACUCGGCUGCUAACUGAAAGGUCGGUGGUUCAAACCCACCCAGCAGUUCCACAGGGGAAAAGGCCUGGUGAUCUGCCCUUAUAAAGAAUGGUUUCCUACCUAUGGGGCAGUUCUACUCUGUCCUAUAGGGUCACUAUGAGUUGGAAUUGACUUGGCAGUACACAAGAACAACAGGAUGUAUAGUAGUUUUAAUUUUAUUUCCUUAAUGACUCAUUGUGUUGAGCAUCUUUUCAUGCAUUUUGCCAUUCAUGUGUCUUUUUGGUAAAAAUGUCUGUUCACAUCAUUCAGCCGUUUUUUAUCUAGAAGUUUUCUAAUUAUAGCUCUUACAUUUAGAUCUAUGCUAAACUUUGUGUUAAUUUUUAGAUAUGGGGUGAGGUAAAGAUCAAAGUUUUUUUUUUUUGUAUAUGGAUGCUAAUUAUUCCAACACUAUUUGCUGUAAAGAUUAUCUUCUUCCCAUCUCCCCAUUAAAUCACUUGGUACGUGUCACGGAUUGAAUUGUGUCCCCCCAAAAUAUCUGUCAACUUGGCUAGAUCAGGAUUCCCUUGUAUGAUUGUCUAGCAUUUUAUCUUCUGAUGUGAGUUCCCUAUGUGUUGUAAAUCCUAUCACUAUGAUGUAAUAAGAUGGAUUAACGGCAAUUAUAUUGAUGAGGUCUACAAGAUUAGGUAGUGUCUUAAGCCAGUGUCUUCUGAGAUAUAAAAGAGAGAAGCUAGCAGAGACAUGGGAACCUCAGACCAUCAAGGAAGCAGCUCUGGGAGUAGAGCGAGUCCUUUGGACCUGAGGUUCCUGCACCGAGAUGCUCCCAGACCAAGGGAAGACUGAUGACAAGGACCUUUCUCCAGAGCCAACAGAGAAAGACAGACUUCUCUUGGAGCUGACGCUCUGAAUUUGGACUUGUAGCCUACUAGUCAGUGAGAAUAAAUUUCUCUUUGUUAAAGCCAUUCACUUGUUAUAGCUGCAGUUGAUGACUAAUACAGCACAUUUGUAAAAAAUCGAUUGGUCUUAUUUUUGGAUCUACUUCUGAAUUUUCUCAUCUUUCUAUUAGUUUAUAGGUCUAUCCUUAUGCUGAUACUAUAUACUGUCUUGAUUACUGGAGCUUUAUAAUAAGUCUUGAGAUCAGAUAAUGUAAGUCCUUCAAUUUGCUUCUUCCUUUUAAAAAUUGUUUUUAGCUCCUUUUAAUUGCCGUAUAAAUUUUAGAAUCAGUUUGUCAUUUUCUACCAAAAAGCCUGCUGAGAUUUGGAUUGGAAUUGUGUUGAUAUUUGAGAUCAUACUGGGGAAUAAAAUAUAUUAAAAAUAUUGAGAAGCUAAGAUCAUUGAUUUAAGAACUUCAUUCUUUUCUAAUAUAAGCAUUUACUACUCUAUACCAGAGAAUAGCAGAAAGAUGUUUACCAGUGUUUUAUUGACUACACAAAGGCAUUAAACUGUGUAGGUCACAACAAAUUACAGAUAGCAUUGCAAAGAAUGGGAAUUCCAGAACACUUAAUUGUGCUUAUGAGGAAACUGUACAUAGAUCAAAAGGCAGUCGUUCAGACAAAACAAGGGGAUACUGUGUGGUUUAAAGUCAGAAAAUGUGUGUGUCAGGGUUGUAUCCUUUCACCAUACUUAUUCAAUCUGUAUGCUGAGCAAAUAAUUCAAGAAGCUAGACUAUAUGAAGAAGAACGAGGCAUCAGGAUUGGAGAAAGACUCCACAACCUGCAAUAUGCAGGUGACACAACCUUACUUGCUGAAAGUGAAGAGGUCUUGAAGCACUUACUAAUGAAGAUCAAAGACCACACCUCCACAUAAAGAAAACAAAAAUCCUCACAAAUGGACCAAUAAGCAACAUCAUGAUAAACGGAGAAAAGAUUGAAGUUGUCAAGGAUUUUUUACUUAGACCCACAAUCAACGCGCAUGGAAGCAGCAGUCAAGAAAUCAAAAGAUGCAUUGCAUUGGGCAAAUCUGCUGCAAAAGACCUCUUUAAAGAGUUAAAAAGCAAAGAUGUCAUUUUGAGGACUAAGUUGCACCUGACCUAAGUCAUGGUAUUUUCAAUUGCUUCAUACGCAUGUGAAAGCUGGACAAUGAAUAAGGAAGACCGAAGAAGAAUUGAUGCAUUUGAAUUAUGGCGUUGGCAAAGAACAUUGGAUAUCCCAUGGACUGCCAGAAGAAUGAACCAAUCUGUCUUGGAAGAAUUUCAGCCAGAAUGCUCUUUAGAAGCCAGGAUAGCAAGGCUUUGUCCUAUGUACUUUGAAUACGUUGUCCGAAGGGACUAGUCUCUGAAGAAGGACAUCACGCUUGGUAAAGUAGAGGGUCGUUGAAAAAGGGGAAGACUUUCAACGAGAUGGAUUGACACUGUGGCUGCAAAAGUGGGCUCAAGCAUAGCAACAAUUGUGAGUACGGUACAAGACCGGGCAUCCUUUGUUCCUGUUCUGCACAGGGUUGCUAUGAGUCGGAACCGACUUGACAGCACCUAACAAGAACAACAAUGUUAUAAAAGUCUAAGUAUGACUUUGGUUGUGUUUUCGUAUUCAUUUAGUUCAAAAUAUUUUCUAAUGUCUCAUGUGACUUCCUCUUUGAAGGAUAUGUUAUUCAGAAGUGUAUUACUUAAUUUUCAAAUAUUUUGGAAUUUUUCCAGAUAUCUUUUGGUUAUUGGUUUCUAAUUAGUUCUAUCGUGGUCAGAUGAUAUACUUUGUGUGAUUUCCAUUCUUUAAAAUAUAUUGUGACUUGUCUUAUGGCCUGGAUUAUGGUUUGUGUUGGUCAGUGUUCUGUAUGCUCUUGAAAAUAAUGUGAAUUCCGCUACUGUUGGGCAGGGUGUUCUAUAAAUGUCAGUCAGAUCAAGCUGGUUGAUUGUGUUGUUCAAAUCUUCUGUAUCCUUGCUGAUUUUCUCUCUUCUUAUUAUAUCAACUAAGGAGAAAGGGGUGAUGAAAUCUUCAAUUCUAGCUGUAGAUUCGAUUAUUAUGUCCUUUUUUAAAUAAUAUUUUAUUGUGUUUUUGGUGAAAAUUUAUGCAGCAAAUUAGGUUCCCAUUUAAUAUUGUCUGUACAUUUGUUUAGUAACAUCGGUUGUUACAUUUUUCACGAUGUGUCAGCAUUCCGUAUUUAUUCUGCUUGUUCUGUUCCCAUUAAUCUAGCUUCCCUGACUUCCUCACCCUCCUUACCUUUCCAUGUUUGCUUUAGGGUAAUGCUGACAAUUUGGUUUCAUAUAGACGAUUGUCUUAGGCUGGGUUCUCUAGAGAGGCAAACCAGUGAAGUGUAUAAAUAUAAACCGGGAGAGAUUUAUAUCAAGGAAAUGGCUCAAACAGCGGUAGAUACUGGAACAUCCCAAGUCCGUGGGUCAGGCUAGCGGCUUCUUCUGAUUCACAUAGCUGCAGGGGCUGGCGAUCCCAAGAUCAGCAGGUUGGACAGCAGGGCUCUUGCUCACCGACUGCAAAGAUCGACGAAUCCCGAGAUCGGCAGGCAAGACCCCAGGUAAGCUGCUAGCUCAAGUCUCAAGAACUGGAGGUCAGAUGAAUAGGAGCCAGCAGCAGGAUCCAGAGCCAGCAAAAGCCCACAAGCCUUGCCAGAAUGUCUACUUACAUUCGACGCAGGCCACACAUCCAACGAAACUCCCUUUCAACUGAUUGGCUACUCACAGCAGAUCCCAUCAUGGAGGUGAUCACAUUAUAUCAGAUCUCAAGAUGGAAGUCAUCACAACACCCUAUGACUGCCAAACCACUGAGAAUCAUGGCCCAGCCAAGUUGACACACAAUCUUGACCAUCACAAUGAUUAUUUAAAGGGGCACAGUGCUCUUAGGCAAUAUUGUUUAUUUUAUGAGUCAAUCGGUUAUUUCACUGAAAGGUGACAUCUGGGAGGGGCUUCAGUUUUCCACCAACCAAAAAAAUGAAACCUGUUGCCUCCGAGUUCAUUCCGACUCAGAGACCCUACCGGUUUUGCAUAGUGGUUGUAACAUUUUAUAAUCCCACCAGCAGUGUGUAAGAGUUCCAAUCUCCCCAGCAUUUGUUUUCUGUUUUUUUGGUAAGUGCCAUUUUUAUAGGUGUGAGAUGAUACCUCAUUGUAGUUUUGUUUUGCAUCUCUCUAAUGGAGCCCUGGUGACUCAGUGGUUAAGAGCUCAGCUGCUAACCAAAAGAUUGGCAGUUCAAAGUCACCAGUUGCUCCUUGGAAACCCUAUGGGGGCAGUUCUACUCUGUCCUAUAGGGUCGCUAUGAAUCUGUUGAAAUGUCUGUUUAUGUCCUUUCCCCAUUUCUUGAUUGGAUUGUUUGUCUUUUUGUUGUUGAAUUUUUCCAUAUAUUUUAGAGAUUAGACCCUUAUCAGAUAUGUUGUUCCCAAAGAUUUUUGCCCAGUCCAUAGUUCUCUUUUUAGUCUUCUGAUAAAGUCUUUUGAUGGCAUAAGUAUUUAAUUUUUGGGAGGUCCCAGUUAUCUAAUUUGUGUUCUGUUGUUCAGGCAUUUGUAGUUGUGUUUGAUAUUUCUGCAAAAUAUUAGGUCCCAGAGUUGUGUCCCUGUGUUAUCUUCUAGGAACUUUAUAGUUUCAGCUUUAACAUUGAGGUCUUUGAUCCAUUUUGAGUUAGUUUUUGUGUAUGGUGGGAAGUAUGAAUCCUGUUUUAUUUUUCUGCAAAUGGAUAUAGUUUUGUCAGAACCAUUUGUUAAGCAGAGUGUUUUUUUUUCCCGGUUGUGUAGACUUUGAUACCUUGUCAAAAAUCAGCUGCCCGUAGAUGGUUGGGUUUACUCCUGAGUUCUCAAUUCUAUUCCAUCGGUCUAUGUGUCUGUAGGAUUAUUAUAUUCUUUUGAUGAAUUGACCCCUCUAUCAUUAGGAAAUGACCUUUUACUUUCCUUAUGUAUAAUGUCCUUGAUGUCAUCCCACAACUCUUCUGGUCUUUGAUUGUUAGUGUUCAAUGUGUCAAAUCUAUUCUUGAGAUGACCUCUCAAUUCAGGUAGGAUAUAUUCAAGGUUUGUCAUGGAUUGAAUUGUGUCCUCCCAAAAUACGUGUCAACUUGGUUAGGCCAUGAUUCUCAGUAUUGUGUAGUUUUCCUUCAUUCUGUGGUUGUAAUUUUAUGUUAGAGAGGAUUAGGGUGCGAUUGUAAUACCCUUACCUGGGUUACAUCCCUGAUCCAAAGAAAAGGGAGUUUCCCUGGGUUGUGGCCUGCGCCACCUUUUAUCUCUCAAGAGAUAAAAAGGAAAGGGAAGCGAGCAGAGAGGAGGGACCUCCUACCACCAAGGAAGCAGUGCCGGGAGCAGAGCACAUCCUUUGGACCCAGGGACCCUGUGUGGAGAAUCUUCUAGUCUGGGAGAAGAUUGAUGAGAAGGCCGACAGAGAGACAGAGCCUUUCCCUGGAGCUGACACCCUGUAUUUGGACUCUUAGCCUACUUUACUGUGAAGAAAUAAAGUUCUCUUUGUUAAAGCCAUCCACUUGUGGUAUUUCUGUUAUAGCAGCACUAGAUGAGUAAGACAAUGUUGUACUUUGGCUCUUGUGGAUUUGUUUAAAUUUUUUCUCAGCUUCAACUUGAACUUGUAUAUGAGCAAUUAAUGGUCUGUUCCACAGUUGGCCCCUGGCCUUGUUCUGACUGAUGAUAUUGAGCUUCUCCAUUGUCUUUUUCCACAGAUGUAGUUGAUUUGAUUCCUGUGUAUUCAACUGGGCAAGGUCCAUAUGUAUAGUCACCAUUUACGUUGUUGAAGAAAGGUAUUUCCGAUGAAUAAGUUGUUGUUGGCCUUGCAGAAUUCUAUCAUGCAAUCUCCAGCAUCAUUUCUGUCCCCAAGGCCAUAUUUUCCAACUACUGAUUCUUCUUUGUUUCCAACUCCGAGACUUCAUCUCGCUUACUUUGUACACGUUAUAAAAAAAACGUUUUAAGUAGGGGCCAAUCCCUGGAAAAGGACAUGCUUGGUAAAGUAGAGGGUCAGCAAAAAAGAGGAAGACCCUCAACAAGAUGGUUUGACACAGUGGCUGCAGCAAUGGGCUCAAACAUACUUACUAUGGUGAGGAUGGCACGGGACCAGGCAGGGCUUCCUUCUGUUGCACAUAGGGUCAUUAUUGGUUGGAACUGACUCGAUGGAUCUAAGAACAACAAUCAUUAGGCCCUUUUAGUGCUUUGUAAUAUCUCUUGCUCUGAAAUCCACUUUGUCUAAUAUGAAUAUAGCUACUCUAGCUUUCUUUUAGUGUUAGUGCGGUAUAUCUUUUUCUACCCUUUUACAUUGAAACGGUGUCUUUCUAUUUCAAGUGGGGCUCUCGUAGUCAGCGAUGCUGCAGUGGACAUUGGUGUACAAGUAUCUGUCUGGGUCUCUGCUUUAAAUUAUUUUGGGUAUAUGCCCAGUUUGAUCACUUCGAGGCUUGCUUUUACUCUUUGCGAGGGUGAGUCCAGAAGAGACAUUAGUCUGGGACUUCUUGGACCCCAUUACCGAGGCAGUAUCUAUCUGAGGACUCUUCCAUGUCCCGUGUAUCAGGAGGUCUUUCUGCCCUGGCUGGUGGGGCCACAAACUAUGCCCUUGUUUAGCUUCAAGGUUUGUUUUGCUUAUUCCUUUCCAGUGGUUCUUUUCCCAGCUUCAUGUGCUAGAAGUUUCCCCACACACGUGCGGACCAGUUCUCGACCAGAGACUCAAUGGGUCUGUCUUAGUCUCCUAGUGCUGCUGUAACAGAAAUACCACGGGUGGUGGGGGGGCUUUAACAAACAGAAAUUUAUUGUCUCACAGUUUAGGAGGCUAGAAGUUGGAACUCAGGGUGCCAGCUCUAGGCGAAGGCUCUCUCUGUCUGAUCUGGGGGAAAAUCCUUGUCUCAGCUUCCCUAGCGUUCCUCUCGGCGUUCCUUGCAAUCUCCACAUGGCGUCUGUCUUCCCCUCCAUUUGUGCUUGCUUCUCUGUGCCUAACCUGUUCUUUUUAAGUCUAAAAGCAAGUAGGUUUAAGACAUACCCUACAUUGAUAUGGCCUCAUUAACAUAACAAGGAAAACCCAUUCCCAAAUGGGAUUACAUCCAUAGGUAUGUUGUUGUUGUCGUUAGGUGCCUUUUGAGUCCAUUCCAACUCAGUGACCCUAAGUACAAAAGAAAGAAACACUGCCCAGUCCUGAGUCAUCCUCACAAUUGUUGUAAUCCUUGAGCCCAUCAUUGCAGCCACUGUUGUCAAUCCGUCUCGUUGAGGGUCUUCCUGUUUUUCUCUGACCCUCUGCUUUUGAGUGCCUUCCAACCUGAUGGGCUCAUCUUUCAGCACUAUAUCAGACAAUGUUCCAUUACCAUUCAUAACAUUUUCAGUGGCCAGUUUUUUCAGAAGUAGACCAUCAGGUGUUUCUUCCCAGUCUGUCUUAGUCUGGAAGCUCCAGUGAAACCUGUCCACCACGGGUGACUCCGCUGGUAUUUGUAGUACUGGCAUAGCUUCCAGAAUCACAGGGACACACAAGCCCCCACAGUAUGACAAACUGACAGACAGGUGGUGGAACACAUAUUUGGAGUUCACAAUUCAAUCAAUAACAGGGACCCUUCUGCAGAUCUUUGGGCGCUGUCUGAGCAGGUCCUUCUUAUCUCGUACUCUGCCCCACACAUUACAGUUGCCUGGUUUUUCUGGCAAUCCGAACCUUAUCUCCUCAGCUUUGGGCUGUGUUUGGGUCCCCCUGCCUGCACUGCAGCCUGGAAACUGUCUCCAGUCAGUGAGGUGAGGCACUCACAGGGCUCCCCUUACCUCCUUCCCUUCCCUUGGGGACCACUCUUCUGUGUCACCUGAUGUCUGUUAUCCACUGUCUGCUUUGCUGGUUGUUCAAGAUGGGAAGACAAGUCUGGACCCUGCUAGUCCCCAUGGCUGAAAGAUUAAAAUAAAAUAAAUAAAAACAAACCCAUUGCUGUUGCUUCAGUUCCAACUCAUGGUGACCCCAA